UUCCAUUCUACACUGUUGCAUUAUACACGUACUACCACGGUAUAAUUGAUCAUUCUGGAAUAAACUUUAAAGCACAUUGGUGGCAACCCUGGCAGCCUGAUGCAAUUUUUCAUGACAACCACCACCAAUAUUUUCACGUAAAUUUUGGUUUCAAUAUAGAACUCUGGGACAAGAUUCAUGGAACUUACAGACGAAAAGAUCGGAUAUAUAGAGAAGAUAUUUUCUAUGGAAAAGGAAAAUCAUUUGAAGACGUCAAUGUUGACGAAUUCAAAGAGGAUUUAAAAGAAAGAGAAUCAGAAAAUCCUAAGGCAUACCGUGGAAAUAAAUCUCAUUAUAAGUUAAGCGGGAAAGAACUGAAAAAAAUUAAUUUGUACAGUUAGGUCCUUUUUUCAAAGAGUUAUAUUUUAAUAUGAAAAUAUUCAUAUUCUAUUUAAAUUUUGGUUGUGGGAUAAAGUUUCAACUGUAUUGUAAAUAUAUGUAAAUAUAUUUUAUGCAAAAUUUAGAAUUAAAAUCUAUCAGUUUUCUGAGCA